GAUGGGGCAUCCACAGCUUCUCUGGGGAACCUGUGCCUCAUUUAAUCUGUCAGGAUGUUUUUCAGGUCAAUGCUGUAAACAAAGCCCAAAUCAAAGCCCCCCCAAGCAGGAGAGGGAGGAGACCUCUCUUGGUUUGGGUUAGAGAACCAAGCCCUUUAGCCCUAGCUUGCAGACAAAGUGCCUGGCAACUGAGCCUCCAUCUAUUCUAGUCUCUGUUGGGCUCUGGCUUUCUGUCAGGCUUUAUGUCAUUGCUUUCUUCAAUUAUGUUUUUCUGUUAAGAUUUUCCAGGGGUUAUGCUUUUAUUCCACAUCAAAACAACACAGAUGCCACAGCAUUCCUCAAAGGAUGCAACUCUGUUCACUGGCUAUCCCAAGUUAUCAUGGAAAUUAUUACUUUCCUUAAGCAUUUAUUGUACUCAUCCAGAAAUACAAGCCUGCCCUGUUUCUAUCUGAAACACUAUGCACGGAAAGGAGAAAAUUCCACACAGUACCACAAACAUAAUUCUUGUAAGAAGGUGGUAUGUUAAUUAAUAAAGUCUGGGAGCCACUGGAUUAACAUAUUAAUGAGUUUGUUAGGCAGAGAGAGAUGAAAAGAUAUAUUUUCUUAUUAUAGUUUUGAAUGUCUGAUACCUUUAUUGUAGUUAUGUUCUAUUUCAUGUCUUUCUUACAAACAUUCUAAUAGUGUUUCUAAUAGUAUAAUUGUGUUACGUAAUUAGUUCAGCAAAGAGAAGGAGAAAUGGGGGGUUAUAGGCCAGAUGAACAUGGUCAGAACUUGAAACAGGCAGGACAGUUGUGGGAGUAGACCCUGGAAGAGGGAUCCUUUUAUAACUGAGGACCUGCAGAGACUGGGCUUUGCUUGGGAACAACAGCAGGAGUGACACAGUGGGUCAGAAAAGCCAGCUGAAAGAACUUGUGUUUUUUACCAGAGGGUUUUGAACAUGAAGACCCUGCUGAACUGGACUGGUAGGUGUGUGAAUCAGAUGUGGCAGUGGGCUCUAUGGUUUCAUGUCUUCACCACUAGUGCAGAGGAGAGAAGCUGCCUUUUUUUGCAGGCUGCUGUGAGAACAGUGAAGAAAAUCUGUAUUGGGCUGAUCCAGCCCUUUCAGUGCAGUGGGCUGAAGAUCAUUUUUGAAGUGCCUCCAGAGGAUGCCUACAGAAAUGUCAUCUUGGACCUGCAAAUCUCUGAGCUACUGCCAGCCCAGCUGGGUGCUGCUCUAGGACUGGUGGAACCAGAGCUAUCUCAUCCCCCAAAGGGGAGAUGGCAUUUCAUGGAGAUAAGCACAUUAGGAGGUAUUUGCCCACUCUGAUAUGGCCUCUGAUAGCCCUAAGCAGCAGGGCUGGUUGAACCAUCCCUUGGGCAGAAGCCAGCCUGUGGGUUGUAGGUUGGACCACAGAGAAGCUGUUAGUCAAAGUAAGUGAGGUAAAGUGGGAUUGCAGUGCCUUUGGCUAGUAGUGCCCUAACUGGCAUGGGACAGCCUUGUCACCUGGCUGUGCCCAGGGCCAGGCUGACAGUGCUUCCAACAAGUCACAGAAAAAAAUGGGGUUCCUGGAGCUGUGUGGACACCUUAAGCACUCACCUUACAUUAAAACUGACUGCUGGACAUUUUUUGGUGGGUCCACUGGCACUGUUCACUGUGUGAACCCUAAGCGAUUUUAAAUGAGAGGUACCUGCAGAAGCCUGAAUGAAAGCAAAAAUUCAUGUGUUGAGAUAUUGUCCUGCUGUUCCUUCUGCAGUCUCAGUAGUGGAGAGAUGUUAGUGUUUAAAGUUUUCUUCACCUCAGAAAACCUUCAGGGGAGAAAAAAAAAAAAAAGGAUAGAGCUUUGCAGUUCUUCAUUACAGUUUAUAUUUUUUGCAUUACUGUAGAAGUUAAAAACUCUAGUUUCAUGUCAAGAAGAGACAAAGAGUAAAAGUCAGUAAUUUCCAGUGGGUUUCCCAUGAAUCAGGAGAGGCUGGAGCUCUGACCUGGGGUCCAGGGUACAGCUGGGGCAGAAGCCUACAUUGGGGCAGUAACCACACUGAGACUGAGCAGUGGGUAUUUGGCAAGAGUUUAAAGAGAUGCUCUCCAUGAGUGCAUCUAGACUUCACAGAGGGCAUUCACUCCCAAAACUUCUCUAGUUACUUUUUAGCUGAUGUAGGGACUGCCUGAAGCCACCUGGUGGUUUUCCUCUAAGUUUCCUGCAAAAGGCUAAGAAAAACAGCCUUAUUCUUACCUAUACUGAGGUUUUUUUUUCACUGCCCUACCUACAAAAGUUAUGUGCCCUGUACUUUAUAACCCGCUUAGCUUCUCUACAUCUGUUUCAGCUGCUGUAAAGAGAAUAAAGAAGCCAAAAUACAGCCCAGGAUAAUUAUACUUUAUUCUGACACAUGUACAAAUGUUUUGGGACAAGAAUAUAAAUUUUUUUACAGAUUCCUUCUGGAUGCAUCAGGAAGGAUCAGGGGCCAGAUUCUGUCCUAAGUCCAAGUGUGUAUUGGUAUAACCACUUAAAAUCAAUAAAAUUACUCUGCGCUUACACGGUGUUAAAUUAAAAGCUAUGAAAUCAAAACCAAAACCCAUGAAAUCUAGUUUUUCAGUGUUCACAGCAAGUCAUAAAAUCCUCUAUGAUUACUUAGAAGUGGUUCUCUCUCCCAGGGGAAAAAAAAAAAAAAAGCUAAGCAGUAUUAAUCUGACCCUAUAGCCUUUCAAAGUUAGACGCCAAAUGCUUCCAUCUUAUUGAGAAGACAGCAAACUCCUCUUUUCAGUGGCGCCAUGCUAUUAUUUCCUGAGUUACAAGAUGCUGCUUCUUAAAUUCCUUGCUGGUUCAAGAUCACUUACUGAAUCCUAACUGCUGUAGGUCCAAGAUAAGCUUUACUGGGGGAGAAAUUUAUCUGUGGAGAAAGAAAGGUUCAUUUCCUGAACCUAGCAUCUGUUGGCAUCUACAGAGUAGUUUGAUGCAUUAGAGAUGGGCCCUUGGGAGAAGGAGUAACAGCGUGCUUCUAUUUUUGCAUGAAAUCAGGCUCAGCAGAGGGCAUGAUGAUGCAUGAGUAUCAGUGUGUAUCUGCUUUCUCACUGUCAUUUCCUUGGUUAGGAGAGAGGCAGAGGAUGGCAGUAACAAAAGGGAUGCAAACAGCCCUCCUCAUUACCUACUAGGGCAGUGGGGAUCUUUCUUCAUGCACUCUCUACAGACAGACAGCUGCCAGCCAGUGGUGUAACUCAUGCUGCCACUGCUCUUUGCAGGGACACAACUCUGUUUCCGCUAGCUGCUUGGCUCCAUUUGGCAUUUUUCCUUAUAGCUGAACAUUGCAUGACAAUGCAGCUGAUUCACUGCACCAGGGCUGGAGUAAGGACUGCAAUCGUGCCCUCUCAGGGGAUGAAGUGGGAGUACAGGAGUGUGAACCCAGCUCUGCUCCCAGCCUGACUUUUGGGACUUGAAAGAAAGAGGGGAGUGUGCUGUUUUAAAUAUUCACGCAUACACCCUUAGCUCCAACACUGAAGCUUUCAAGUAUUUUAGGUCAGAGCUGGUGUAACCAGCCUGAAGCAAUGCUGCAUCGUGCUGUAAUCUUGACAAUUUUUUCAACUAAAUGUGCUUGAAUCUAGUCAUUUUCCUGAUGGCUCAUCUCCAAGAAAAUGGUGUCGAUCAUUUGGUAGGUUUCAGGGCUGGAUGUGAGUCAGCUCUGAGUCAGGCAGCAGCUUUAGCUGCGUGAAGUGCUGGUCCUCCUGUGCUGGCACAACCUGUGGGGCCGCAGCUCUGCGACAGGCGCUGCUCCUGGGCCUCCCCAACAGCAGCAUGUGGGAACUUAACGCAUGGGGCACUCACAAAGCAAAGGGCCAAUUCCACAGCCCCACACUUUUGGUUCACCAGCUCAGCACUCGCAGCCUCUGAAGAUGGCAGGGUGUGUAAAUGAUACUGGUGGCAGGCAGGGAGAAGGAGAUGGGGGGACCUGUCUUGCUCCCUGCAGAGGUGCCCAUCUGACCAGGGGGUGGGCCCAGUGAGUCACUGCUGCACAAACAGCUUCCCUCCCCAGAGCCAGAAGGAAGCAAGAAAAGAGCUUUGUCCACAGGCCUCUGUCCCUGGCAGGGUGUUUCUGUUUAUAUUGACAUUUAUAUUAAGUAGGGUGGUGUCCCAGUUCUCAGGCAGUCAAGAGAAAAGCCAGACACAGCCUUGAUGGCAGCAGCCACUGUGUGUGUUGUGCAAAGCAGCGUGACUGACGGGUUCCUCGCUCUCUCUUUGUCUUUCUCUCCCCUUGCACGGCGGUGUGAUUGAAGCAACGCCCCGUGAAACAGUCCCUGAGCGCUUGCAUGUGCCGAGAGUCCCACUGGAAAUGCCUCCUCCUCUCCAUCCUCAUGUAUGGCUGCCUGGGUGCAGUGGCCUGGUGUCAGCUGGCCAGAGUCACCAAGCUCAGCUUCGAUAGCUCCUUCAAGGGCAAGUCUAUGAUCUACCAUGACAGCCCGUGCUCAGAUGGCUACGUUUAUAUCCCGCUGGCCUUCCUCUCCAUGCUGUAUGUGGUGUACCUGGUGGAGUGCUGGCACUGCCACGUCAAGAGGGAGCUGCAGUACAAGGCAGACGUGGACAGCGUGUACGAGUGCAUCAACCGCAUGCAGCAAGCCACCCCAUGCAUCUGGUGGAAGGCCAUCAGCUACCACUUUGUACGGCGAACCCGGCAGGUGACCCGCUACCGCAACGGUGAUGCCUACACCACCACACAGGUCUACCAUGAGAGGGUCAACACACACGUGGCUGAAGCCGAGUUUGACUACUCUCACUGUGGAUACAAGGACAUCUCCAAGGAGCUCCUGGGCUUGGAGAGCUAUACAGCCACCAAGCUGAGGUUCACCAAGUGCUUCAGCUUUGCCAACAUUGAGUCUGAGAACUCUUACCUGACUCAGAGAGCUCAUUUCUUCACGGAGAUCGAGGGGCUAGAUGACUACAUGGAGGUGAGGGAAGGCAUGCAGCUCAAAAACGUGGAUUUUAAAGAGCUUAUGAUGGCCUACGGAGACCCGGAUCACCUCCCGUGGUACGUGUCCCAUUAUGCUUUCUGGGUGGCAGCUGUCCUGAUGAUCUCGUGGCCGCUCAGGGUACUCAUAGAGUACCGGACUGCUUACGUCCAUUACCACGUGGAGAAGCUGCUGGGCCUGGAGUAUACGGCGCCCACGACGGCGGAGGAGCCCUUGUACCGGUACCGCAUGCCCCGUGACACCACGCAGGACAGCACCGAGCUGGAGUGGCACAUCUGCACCAACCGGCAGCUGAUCCCCAGCUACUCGGAGGCCAUGCUCAUGGACCUGGCCAACUCCCCGGCCUACAACAGCUACACGGUGUGUCGGUACGGCCAAACGGCCCACGGCUGUGAACGCUGCAACCGUGCCUCCAGCACCUCCUCCAUCUUCUCACGCCACGCUUUCCACAGCUGCAGCGGCAACUCCCGCCUCUCCCUCAACACCAGCCGCUUCUCGCUCUGCCGCGUCCAUGGCUCCCACAGGACAGGCCUCUGGAGGAGCCGCAGCAGCAGCAUUGCAGACCGGGGCUGCCAGGACGAGCAGUGCUGCUCCUACUCCAGCCAGCUGGCUGUCAACGAGAACCCCCCAACCUACCACGAUGCCAGAUUCUUCCCUGUCCUGAUCGUGCACAGGCCGGAGGGGCAGGACAGGCGGCAUUUCUACAUCAGGCGUUCCUCCUGCCUAGAAACCUCUCUGUGACAGGCCUUGGUGGUUACUUGGCUCCUCUGCUCUGGGACAGGGAUUGCAGAGGUGACACCGGUGAGGAGCCUGAGAGUGUCAGUCUCUACAGCAGGUCAGCAGGAUGAGUUUCAGCUCUUCCCCCUGCCAUUGAAAGAGGACUUAGAGACUCUGACCAAUACCUAACCUCAUUUCCACGAUCUCCUGCCCCUCCACCUGGUCUCCCAUGUCUUUCAUUCCCCAUUCCUCUCUUUCACACCUCACCCUUCCUCUGCUCCUUGAUUCCCUGCCUCUCCUCCCAUCUCCCCCUCAUUCUUUUUUUUCACAUUUCAGUCACAGCAUUUGAUUGUUGUGGCUGCUGGAGGAUUUUAAAUGCUUGUGCUUUGCCAGUACAUUUGUCCUCCUGGAUGCUUUGCAAGGUAAGAACCUCAGAUAGAGCAAGGCACAAGGCACACAGCCAGCCAGAGCCAAGUCAAAAGGAGAACUCAGAUCUGCAGGCGCUGAGUCACCUCCUGCAAACCCCAAAUGAGGUGCUUAUUUAAAAAAUUUAUUUUCCACAUAUUUUUUCCUCUUUUUCUGUCAUUCCUUCUCUCCUAUGUUCAUGUUCUCCUCUCGCUUUACCCUCUACUUCCCUUUUUUUUCAGUUCUCUCACUUCUGCUUUCCAUUUUUUCUGGGGUUUUGCCAGUGAGGAUAUCUCCCAGGGUGUAAUUUUCUUCCAUUGGGCACAAGUAAGGUAUUCAUGGCACAAAUGUCACUGACUGCUCGCACAGCCACAAAUGAAGCCCCUGAGAAGUGCUGAGGACUUUCUUUCAGGAGCAGUGAUAUACACCGAUACGGCAAAAUGCCCUUUGCUCACCCUGCCCUGCCUGGUCUGUAGACACUGCUGCAUUUCCAACUGUAGUUUACCUUGUCCAGCUCCACCCCUGAUAGCAAUCGUGGAGAGCCAUAAUGUAGAUUAGUGCCCUGUUAAUGCCACUAUUUUUAGGACAGUAGGCCUGGUUUGUGGUUGUUUCAUUCCUUCAACUUGAGCGCAGCAGCACAGGCUUGACAAGGGGAGAGGGGCUGGAGAGAGAAAGGUAAAUAAGGUAUUAACCCUCCCACAGAGAGUCUGGAGCUGUUAGGAAGCUCUUCCACCCACAGUGUCUAUUACAGCAGUUAUAGGACUGCCUACAUUACCUUUCAGCUUUCUGUGUGCCCUGAGGAGGGCUUUUGGUCUGUAGCCCACUUCACCUUCCCAGGCGAGAUGUGGUGCCACCCCAGCCCCAGGCAGGGAGCACAGCUGGGAGCCAACCUCCCUGGCCACUCCUGCUGGGGCUCCAGGCUCUUCCUGCAAGGCUUCCCUUGGAGCAGGUAUAGCACCUUCCAGAAUUAGUGCCAGCCUCUCCAAAUCCAGAAGGUGUCUGGUCCUGACGGAGCAUGCCACUGCACUCUGGGCUGUGGGCUCUGCCCCCUGGCCUGGCCCCUCCGAGAGCCAGGGCCUGCUCCAAGAACCUCGUGGCCACGCUGAGGACCCACCAGGGACCUCACACCUGCCAAACCUCCGUCCCACAAGGGAUGGUUGUAUACUGAGCAAGCUCAAUGCCAUUUUGUCAUAUGGCUGGUGGAGAUUAUUAUCCACUCUGAGUCACAGGAGAACGCAAUAAGAUCGCAAUACAUAUGGUCACUCUCAAAACCAGUGUUGUCUCACCCUACCUUACAAGUAGGUAAGAAACUGCCCCCAGAGGGGCUGGCAACAAGUGCUUCCUCCCAAGUCCAUUUUGUGUGUAUCAACAUGUAAUAUGAAAUUUGUAAAGUCAUAUUGAUAUGUGUAGAUUAUAUGUAACUCUGCGUACUUAUACAGUGAUUUCUUAUGGCAUUGACUGUUGCACCAUGUUAAAUACAUUUUGGUUUUGUUUGA